ACGACUUGUGUUUGUUUGAGUUCAGCAGGUUCGGCUCGGCUGUCAUGUGCGGGCGCCGGGCAGGUUUCGUCGCUGUCGUUGUCACUUGGUUGUUGUUUGGAGAUCCUUGAGACGCUACGCGUUUGCGUUUUACAUUUUUGAGAAUAAAAUUGAAGGAAUUGAUACAGAUGGCGACGUACCCGUGCCUCAUUUGCCCUCUAGGGUUUUUCAACCAUCUGGAGGCCCAAUUACAUAUGCGGACGCACCUUAACGCAAACCCCUUCCGUUGCAUGAGAUGUGGUGAUCGGUUUGGCACGGCGUCUGAACUGUGUAUCCACGAUAAGCUCAACCACAAACAUCAAGACCAAAAGGAGGCAGAUCAAGUUAUUGCCCGGAACAGGUGUCCGUCGGCACCCCCUGACUACGUUCCUCUGGACGAUGAUGGAUCGCAACCUCAAGCUCGACGAGGGCGGAGGAAACAGCAACUCUCUGGUGAUCAAGAUGAGCCAGCUCGAGGACGGGCUCCGAAGAGGGCUGCUGCAGCGCGGUCGUCGCAGAGGGGUUCUCCGCGCCCUAAGCGUGCACGUCGCGGGGCUUCGCCCGCUAGGCCCCAGCGUGAGGUGUCUGCAAGACCACGUCCAGAGGUUCGGAGAAAGGCGGGGGCGGGACGAACCUCCAGGACCUCCACCACCACCACAGGCGCAGAGAAGCCGCCCGUGAAGAGGCGAGGACGUUCUAGCCUCAAGGACGUCGCCGACCUCUCCGUGGACUCGGGGCUCGGCGAGACUCCCAGUGUCAAGCGCUGGUCUGCCCCGUCGCGACUGGCAUCGCUGCGGACGCCUACUACGAGAAAGUCUACCCCGACAAAGACUACUCCGCGAAAGACUGCUCCGCGAGAGUCUACUCCUCGAAAGUCUACUCCGCGCCGGUCUACUCCUCGAAAGUCUACUCCGCGCAGGUAUACUCCUCGAAAGUCUACUCCUCGAAAGUCUACUCCGCGUAAGUCUAUUCCGCGAAAGACUUCUGCUCGUAAGGGCACUCCGCCGAAGAGGAAGGCCUCGCCGCAAAAGACAGGGGUGCAGGCGGGCCAAGCAGCAGGCGCGGCUCCCCCCAGAAAACGAGGAAGACCACGAAAGGCAUCUCCGAGAAAGGCUGCGCCACAGAAAGCUUCGCAGGGCACUUCAACCACCGCAAAGAACACCACUGGUCAGAAGGCCUCGCCGAAGAGGGCGACCCCGCGGAGGGCGACGUUGCGAAGUUCGACAGGCGCUACUUCCAUCUCGUCUCCCUCAUCCACUCCAAGAAAGACUGCGCCGAGAAGGUCUUACUCCAGGAAGUCCACGACGCCGAUCCAGGAGCAGGGAGCGGGAGCGCCCUUGCCGAAGAAAAGGGGACGACCAAGGCGGGAACCCGCUGUCGACCAGGCUACUAUCCCGCCGAAGAAGCGGGGGCGACCACGACGGCAACCUGGCGACCAGCCGCCUGCUGCCGGGGCCGGCCAGAGCCCUGGCCCGGAGGUUGAUCGAAAGAAGCCCGUCCCGGUCUACGAGCUGCUGGACCGUCUAACAGCGUCCCUGGACAGCACCAGCCCUGGUGAACUGUUUAAAUCGCCAGAGAAACCAAAGAAAAACAGGAAAUUUAAGGAAGCGCCGCCUCCACCCCGGCGCUGUGAAAGUGCAUGUUCUUUAGGGCGUCCUUUCGCAUGUAAUGUGUGUGGAAGGCGGUUUUCUCAGGAAAUGUCACUGCUCUAUCAUAAUGUUUACCAUUCGUAGUGUCCUAAUUAAUUUGCCAAGUUAUGUGAUUUCUAAAGUGUACGAGACUGUACUAUAAUCGUGCCAUUUUUGUUUUAUUUUUUAUUACUUUUCAUGACCAAGGUACCUGUAUGUAAUUGACAUAGUACUGUGAUUAAAGCCUAACAUAUUUUA